UUCAUUACUCACACGAUGCGCACUCGCUUCCUCGCCGCAGCUGUGAUGGCCGUCACUGAUCCGGUCGAAACCCCAGACUUCUACCACCUGCCUCUUCCGCAUCUUACUCCUCCAAAAUGUUCCUCGUUUUCUGCAAAUUCUGCACACUCUUUCGAUGAAAUCCCCUUUUUUGGAGUAUCUCGCGAAAUCGAUAAGCUGCCGAUCGACGACGCUCUCUUAAUAUUCUUGGCUGACGUUGUCCCUCACUUCAUCUGCGAUGCAGAUAUUCAGCAACCUCAAAUUGAUAGCAACACUGAAAGAUAUGAGGACAAUGAUGGAUCAAUUCUUGGUAAUAAAGGCAGAGAGGAACCUAUUGUGCGAUUUGAAAUUCCAGAGAUGGAUAUGGCCUUGCUUCCAUCUGAAAGUUCUGCCCAUUCCCAAAUCGAGCACAUGGAUAUUUUCUCUGAGGUUCCAGAUGCUGAAUAUACAGAGGACCUGCUAAAUUCUGAGUUUGUACUGCAUGACCUGGCUGAGAUUCAACAGUUACUUUAUAUAGUUGAUGACAUAAGUAUAGAAAACUUAACAGAGCAAAAGGCUGAUAUGCUGGAAGAUGCUGAUUCUGUUCAUGGAAAACAUCAUUCUUAUAACAUUAAAUUUCCUGAAUUUGAAGUGGAUAUGGAAAGCCUGGGUGUUAUUGGAAGAAUACUUAUGAUAGAAGAAGUUUUGGGUUUUGAAAAUAUUGAAAAGAGGCAGGCGAUGCAAGAAGAUAAUAACAAAGAGCUUUUGGGUUCUAUGGAGUCUGACUUGAUAAACUAUAUGUUCCAUCAUUCUGAAAAACUAAAUUGCCUUGAAGGAACAAAUUUGUCAUCAGAAGUGGACUGCAUAAGAAUUAUUGAACUGUCACAUAACCAGCAGUACCCAAUGCUCUGUGGCUUUUCAAUUUGGUCAGUGGAGCCAACUCCAUUUGAUGAGUUUAUGUUUAUUGAUUUGGAUCUGUAUAGUUUCUGUGAGGUGCUUUCAGAUUCAGCAAAGGAGAUUGAAUGUGAAACAUGUGAACACAUGUUUGGAGAAGCCAUGAACUUUACAAGUUUUAGCCAAUUGGUUGUUUGCCAUGAGCUUACUCUUCUGGAUGGCACUUUUAAAUCUCUGCCGGUGCCUAUUAUUUCAGAUCAUGAAAAUUCUAGUUCACUACGAACACUGAUUGAGAAUUUAUUGGCCCAGUCUGAUUGGCAGUGUUCAUCGGCAUCUGAUGAUCUAUAUCUAGAUUGGGAUUUUCUUGGAGAAAGCGGUUGUGAAUCAGAGAAAUAUUCUUCAUGUUGGAAAUUGUUGUGGGAGAUAGACACUUACAGUAUUGACAUUGAUAUGUGCUCAAAUGAUAGUGGAAUAGUGAUCUUGAAUUUUAUUCUAUCAGAAGGCCAUUCUAGUAAACCAAACCCAGAAAAGGACACAAAAGUUUUAGACUUAUCUUGUUCUGAUGUCUCUAUACCUCAUUCCUCUGGUAAAGUAGAGUUAAGUAGCUUGAAGAAUCGAGGCGAUGGAAAAAGAAAAAAAGAUAAUAUCUUUUUGAAAAUUGGUGUUGAGAAGGUUCAAUUGUUUGGUGAAUCAAUGACAAGUGAUCUUGAAUUUUUCCUCAACCCCCGUAACUAUGUUCUAGGAAAAGAAAAUAUACCUGCAGAUAAGCCAGUUACCAAAACUUUGAGUCAAGGGUGUAUGUUUAGUGGUGAGUCUGCCGCUGCUAGUUCUACCACUUUUGUACAUCAGAGCUUGAAUGUAGAGGAACAUGAGGAAAGAGGCUUGGGUUUGGCAUCAGCUCCGGAGGGGUGCAAACUGAAGUUGGAAGAGCUAUUAAAUGCUGUACCUGUCAAGAAAACCUAUGGAAAUGAACCCAUGGAAGCUGUAAAUGAUGCUGAAGUCAGCAAUAUGAUACCUGUUCGAUCCAUGUCAGUGGGUUCAGAAUCAAACCAAAGUCUUUCUUGCAUGCCUUUUGGCCCCAACGCAGUUAUAAUAGUGAACACCAGAAAUUUCAAUGAAGAAAUGGUAAUUUCCAGGAGAACCACAUACCAGAGGAUUCUUGAAAUUGAACAAGAAGGAGCACAAGUUGUAGAACGCGAUAUAGGUCUUCCAGUUGACGUAAUUGUAAGUUCUGGAGUUUGUCUCACGUGGUAUGACUGCAAAAAUAUUGGAAAGAAAGCUUCAGCGCCAGACGAGGCCUUUUCAAGCUUACCCUUAUGCAUUGAAAGUGUUGCAGCGAGUAUUUUGACAUCCUUGAGUUUUGCUUUCGGUUGCUGCAUCCUGAUAUUUGAAGGAGAAAGCAGUUUUCUUGGAAGCAUUAUGGAAUCAUCAGACGAACUCUAUGCAGCAGCUGCAAGCUUAGGAAUUGAUAUACAGCUCUUUUGCUCGUAUUCACAUAAGAUGACUGAAGAAAUUUUAUUGUCCUGCAUCAAUGCUGCGGCAAAGUUGAGAAUGGGUCUCUAUCCGAAAAUGCCCGACUCAGAAAGCCUGGCAGAAUCUUUUCUUACUGCUUUUCCUUCUAUUAAUCCUCUCUCAGCUCAUGCGAUAUUGUCCUCAGAUAUUCGACUUGGGAACCUUUUCGAACUGUCAAAUGGGUCCAAAAUGGGCGCUCUUCAGAAAUAUCAUAUUCCUGAUGAAAGCAUAGCUUUGCUCAGUGUAGCAAGCAAAUACGGAGAGCGGGAAGAUUCUAAAUCAGGAAUGACUGAUUGUUCCUCCUCACUAUCACAUCCAGACUCAGGAAAUGCUCGAGUUAAAAGUGCAUCUGAGAGGAAGAAACCUAAAUACACACACAACCUAAAUGCUGAACAGCCUUUAAAUGACAUGUUUGCUGUGGAUCUAGGAAAAUCACUUCCUGAUUUUGAACUUGAUCUCCCUAAAGUAUCAGUAUCGGGUGAUUCCUGGCUGUCAAGAAGGGCUGAGAUAUCUAAAGCGGAGGAGUUCAGUUUAUCUUACAAUGAUGAAUCACUGUUUCAUAGUCAGGAUAUUGAUCUUGAUGUGAUGAGGUCUUCUGCUGCUGGCAUGAUGGAGUCUGUUGAUAAGUCAAGCCUUUAUGACUUUCCGUUGCCAAAAGGUCUUAAAAUAUCCGAUGAGAGUGAGAAUGCCUGGGUGCCUCCAAUUGAAAUAGAUUGCUCUCCAAGUUGGAGAUCAACCACCACAAUAAACAAUGACUUGAGCAGACGAAGUGUGAAGCUAAAUGGGAUUCGGCAGGGUGAUUCUACUGGUGAAGUUAUCAAUUUAGAGGAUAGUGCAGCAUUUGGAAAAGAUUUCUUUAUUGCAACCACCAGUAGCUUUUCACCUACUCUGCAUGACAAUGAGAAUGAAUAUUCUGCAAGAAACUCUGGAAUGAAAAAACGGCCUUCCAGCGCAAUCAAUCUUCCCAAAUUUACUAAUCCUACUGAGUUGCAGUCUGGCUCUGGUGCUUGGCUUUCCAAAAAUAAUAGGAGACAUACCUUGAGGGAUGAAAUCAGACCAAAUAAUAUCAUUAACAGAAACAAUACUUCUAUGAAACAAAAAGAGCUGGAAAAGGAUAUGAUAGAAAGAAAUUCACAAAAUCCCUACAAGUAUUUUCAAGAAAAGGGAAGUUUUGAUAGCACACCAUUCUCAAAUGCUCUUCACUCCACUCAGCCUCAAGGAUCGCCCUGGACUAUUGAAUUCCUUAACAGAGUAAGGGAAAAGAGUAGAAUGCAUAAGCAAUCUGUUUCAUAUGACUUACCCUCUCCAUAUCUGGGUUCCUCUGGGAACAUAUCCAAAGUUACUAAAAGAAGAAGUCCCUCAAUUCUUGAAUUCUACAAGUAUGAAGGGGGUGGUACCCAACACAAAAUAGUUCAAGAGAAGAGACUGAAGAGAUUUUCACAAGGAGUAAACUCAUUGAAGACUAAGAAGGCUUCUGCUUCAGGUCCUUCGUCAACUCCAGCUGAUAAGAAAGCAAGACGGACACUAUCUUUCUCGACAUAUGGAAGUGCUGGGCAAAGUAAGCUCAUUUGGAGGGAUAAUGAUUACCAACCAACGCAAAGAAACCCAUAGCAUCAAGUAUGGUCUCUGUAGAUUUUAUAAAAAACUAAAGGGUUUGUUGACUGUAAUGUUGAUUCUGGUGAUGUUGCAGCUAGAUGAUGACUUGAGUAUACUUGCUAUCAGUGUUAGGAAUUGGGAUCACAAUAUUUUCUUUCAUUAUGAGAGCAGGAGUAUAAGUACGACAGAUGUUCUGUAAAUGUAGUAUCAAAAGAAUUUAAAGAAUGAACUAAAUUCUGUUAGCAUAUCAA